GCGGGGAGGCAGCCCGGCGGCGGCGGCGGCACGAUGCCCCGCGACAAUAUGGCCUCCCUGAUCCAGCGGGUGGCCAGGCAGGCCCGAGUGACGUUCCGCCCUCCGGGCGGUAAGAGUAACAAUAGCGCCGGCGGCAACGGACCGCGCUUCGCGGAGAACCUCCAGCGGCUGCAGCAGCUGCUGAACGAGGUGCGGGCCGAGGACCUGCGCUUGGCGGCGCGGGGUCCGUCGGCGGUGCCGGGGCCGGUGCAGCCGCCCGUGAGCUACAUGCACAUCUGCGAGACGGAGAGCUUCAGCAUGGGCGUGUUCGUGCUGCGCGCCGGCGCUUGCAUUCCGCUCCACGACCACCCGGGCAUGAACGGGCUGCUCAAGGUGCUCUACGGCACGCUGCGCAUCGCCUGCUUCGACGCCCUUCCCGACCCCGGGAACGCCGAGGGAGCGGCGGCGGGCGGCGGCUGCAGGGCCUCCUCCGGCUCUGGGUCCGCGGCGGCGGCGGCAGCUCAGCGCACCGGCUCGGGCUCCCCGCGGCGGCGGCGGCACCGCGGCGUGCUCCGCUCGCACCAGCUCUACACGCCCGCCUCGCCGCCCUGCCUGCUGUCGCCACACACCGACAACCUGCACCAGAUCGACGCCGUCGGCGGGCCCGCCGCCUUCCUCGACAUCCUCGCGCCGCCCUACGACCCCGAGCACGGACGGGACUGUCACUACUACUGCCUCGGGGACGGGCAAAGCCUGCCGCCUGCGGCCGCCGACCACCACCAGGGCCUGCCCAAGGAGGUGUGGCUGCUCGAGACGCCCCAGGCGGCGGAUUUCUGGUGCGGGAGCGAGCCCUACCAGGGGCCUGGGGUGUCGCCGUGAAGCCCCCCCCCCCAAGCCCCUGCCUGCUGCGCCUUAGCGGGACCACUGGAAGGGGCCAGGAAAGCAGCCCUCUCCUCCCUGGUGCCCAUCCUGAAGGGUUGGGGAGCCAGUGCCAGCAGGACCCCCACCCCCAUGUUCUGAGAGACGAUGCUGCACCGGGCAUCUCCAAGCCACAGUAUCCUGCCUUUUCCCUGGGCCAGAUGCUUUUGGAGGAAGAGGGAGAACAUUAGCCAGGAGAUACUUAUUGUGCGCCAACAGGGCAGACUGCGCAUCAUGCCUGUGUUCCACGUGUGUUUGGGGAUAGGCCUGUGUGUGCCGCCGCCUGGGGCACAAGUUCUUAGGGGUGUCAAGAAGAGAAGGCCAUUGGCUAGAUGAAACCGUGGGCAGGCAUCUGCAGACAUGGCGUCCAUAUUCCAUGAAAAAUUACAGGAGGAAAGCUGGUCGUCCCCCUGCCCGCUUCCAAACCCAUAUUUCAAAUGGUACCACGUGCAAGGAGUUUUCGUGGGGUGCAUUUUUGGUUCUCUUUCCUCUUCCUCUCUUCCCCAAUCCCAGCACCCACUUGCUAGUCAGCACACAAGCUGAGAACACUAAUCUGACAAACCCCAUCUCCUCUUCAGGCCAAUGAUAUGGACUGUGUUGCUUUGCUGUGCGUGUGUCUCGGAAUUGCAUGGAGUUGGGAGAAACUGCGCCAUCCACUCAGGACACAGAGUGUAUCCUGCAUCCCCUCCUGCAGGGAAAUUAUGAAAUCGGGAGGCUUCCUCUUCAGUUCUAUGGGUGCAAAGCAGCCAGGUGCCGUUGUAUUUAUUUGUACCAACUAAUGGGAAGAUACAAAAGACUAGUAAUGUUCAAACUUCUGGGCACCUGACUGCCCCCCCACCCCCAACACUUACACACUAUUCUGCUUAAUUCAGCUAUACUUUAGGCUGUGAACCUUAACCUCCUCCCCCUGCCCUGUUUGCUACAGAAAGAAAGGCAAUAAGAAUUCUUCUCUUGCUAAUUAUGUGCCCUGUGAAAAGUCCAAAUAAUUUCCCAGCAAUUCCCAUGUUGAUUCAGUGGGAUAAUCUUUUGCAUCUGAUGAGGACAUGAUUCUAUUCCCACCAGGAUGGAUAUGGGAGGAAAUUUAUGCUGAAGAAACAAGAUACUAAAUUGGAUGGAGCAGAGAGCAAUUUGUGAUAUGGUUGAAAUGUUUUCAUCCCAUAUAGGGAUGCUGCCGGUUUAGAGAUGAUCCUUAAAUUUUAAAAACACACCGCAUACUGUUGUGUUAAGAGAAUGCUUUUUAGAUAUUAAAAGUGAGAAUUCCUGAUU